AACACAGAGGAGAGUGCCUGGUUAGUAAUUGAGGAAAAUGAAUAUGAAUUUGGGUUUGAUGUUAGGGCUUCUAGGACUUCUGUUAAUGAAUGGGCUGCUGGUAGCUAAAGGCAAAGAUAGUAGCCACUAUGAUCUUAUUCUACAAGAGGUUAAUUUUACAAAGUUGUGUAGCACAAAAAGAAUGUUGACUGCAAAUGGAACUUUUCCAGGGCCAACAAUACAUGUUCACAAGGGGGAUACAAUCUUUGUUAAUGUCCAUAAUCAAGCAAGCUACGGUAUUACCAUGCAUUGGCAUGGAGUAACGCAACCCAGGAAUCCGUGGUCUGAUGGUCCUGAGAAUGUGACACAGUGCCCAAUUCAACCCGGAACCAACUUCACUUAUGAGGUCAUAUUUUCCACUGAAGAAGGAACUCUAUGGUGGCACGCCCACAGUGAUUGGUCCAGAGCCACUGUCCAUGGUCCCAUCAUUAUUUUUCCUGCUAAUGGAACCACAUACCCCUUUCCUACGCCUUAUGCACAACAAACAAUUGUUCUAGCAUCAUGGUACAAGGGAGAUUUGAAAAUAGUAUAUGAUAAUGCUAUAGAAACUGGUGGAGAUUUUCACAUUUCAGAUGCCUACACCAUCAACGGUGAACCAGGAGAUCUAUACCCAUGCUCCAAUGAAACGACAUAUCGUCUCUCAGUCGAGCAUGGCAUGACCUAUCUUCUCAGAAUUAUAAACGCUGUGGUGAAUGAAGAACAUUUCUUUGCCAUUGCUGACCACAACCUUACGGUUGUUGGCCAAGAUGGUGCAUACACCAAACCUAUAGCAACGAACUACAUAAUGAUAAGCCCAGGACAAACCAUGGACAUCUUGGUCACAGCAAACAAGGCUCCAAGCUACUAUUACAUGGCUUCCACUCCCUUUUUCGACAGUGUCGUUCCCUUCGAUAACACCACCACUACAGCAAUUCUCCAAUAUAACGGCAAUUAUACUCCCCCAUCAUCUAUUCCAUUUCCAAAUUUUCCCAACUAUGAUGAUGAUGAUGCUGCAAUGAAUUUCACAAGCAGAAUAAGGAGCUUGGCAAGCGAAGAGCACCCUGUUAAUGUUCCUGUGAACAUCACUAAACACAUGUAUGUAACAAUUUCUGUAAAUGUGUUGCCUUGCGGCCCGAAUGCCACUUGUGCUGGAACAGAUGGAGAUAGGAUGGCUUCAAGUAUGAACAAUGUUAGUUUUGAGUCUCCACAGAUUGACAUACUGGGUGCCUAUUACAGGCAUUUGAGUGGAGUUUACGAGGAAGAUUUUCCAAGUGAUCCACCGUAUAUGUUCAACUUCACAGGAGACGUAGAUAACAUUACAGCCAUGACAAAACCAGGGACAAAGGUUCAAAUGUUAAAUUAUGGGGAUGCAAUUGAGAUAGUGUUUCAAGGAACUAAUAUUGGUGCUGCAGAGAGUCAUCCAAUUCAUCUACAUGGGUUUAGUUUCUAUUGGGUAGGGACUGGUUCAGGCAAUUUUGACAACCAGACCGAUCCAGAGUCAUAUAAUUUGAUUGAUCCACCAGAAAUUAACACAGUUGCUGUUCCUAAGAAUGGAUGGGCUGCUAUCAGAUUUUUUGCUGAAAAUCCUGGGGUAUGGUUUAUACAUUGUCACUUGGAACGUCAUCUGAGCUGGGGCAUGGACACUGUACUUAUUGUGAGGAAUGGCAACACCACGGCUACAAGCAUGCGCCCACCCCCUCCUUACAUGCCUUCAUGCACCACAUCUUCAUCUAUUCUGGAGAAAGGCGGAAGCCCUGCGAGUUAUGAGUCCUCCUCUUUGAUUUUCAAAUGA